AUGUCCGCACGCGUCGCCCGCUCUCCCCCACCCAAUGCACUCGCGCACAUCCUCGCCCCACGAUCGCCCCGACCCCGCCAGGGGUCCCCGCCGCCAGGUGAUCCCGACUUCUCUCCUCCCGCCCGGCUGCUCUCUCAGACAACCUUGCCGCCUAUCCGGGCACUCCAUCCAGGCCUGCCACUCCCACCCCCGCAUCCUCAGAGCCCCACCGCGUUCACCGGCUCAGGAUACACUCGCCUGCACUCUCCGAGCUAUCCCGUCGCGUCGGGAAGCGGCCUCGGCCUUCGCCGAUCGGUGGACGAGUCCGACCCCGAGGGCGACUCGCAGGAACCACCGAAGAAGAAGCGUCGCCGCCAGGCCCUCAGCUGCACAGAAUGCAAGCGGCGCAAGAUCAAGUGUGAUAGGGCACAACCCUGCGGCCCAUGCACCCGGCGCGGGGAGCCUCAGAAAUGCCAGUGGCACAUCAUCGAGCCCAUGGAGAAGUACGUGACGCGCGCCGAAUAUGACGAUCUCAAGACCAAGGUGGUCGAGCUCGAGGCUAUGGUAAACCGUCUAACUGCUGGCUCGUUUACCGUCCCGCCGAUACGGAUGGUUGCGCCCGCUGGCCCUGUUUCAUCAGCUCCGGUUCCACGCGUUGAGCCAAUUCAAGGAACAGCCAUAACGCCAUAUCAUGCGGCGCCGCCUCCAUCAAUGCCUCCGUCGCUAUACCAUGCCAUGCCUCCCAGCCGUCCGAUCCCAACUCGCGGCGAGCACAACCGGCAGGUAGUGGCUCACAGUCCGUCGUCCUCGCGUCCGUCCACAUCACAAGGAUCCUCUGUCCACACUGCAGCUGCGGCAUCGCCUGUAAUGGAGCCGCCGUACUAUCCUACUAGCCCACAUGCACCUUCAAGCAUGCCGUCCACACCUGUUGCCGGAUCAUCAGGGCCCGUGUCCUCUCGGCGAGCCUCGCUGUCUGUCGCGGCCAUUACCAACCCGAUCCCGGCCCCAAGCCCGCCAAAAAAAUUCAGCGCGCAGACGCCUCUACCGCCGGGUCGGCGUCUGCGCCGGGAUCAAUCACUCAUACCGGACCACGUUCUCGGGCCUGCAUCGCCGCCUAACCUGCAGUUGGAUUCUUCACGUCGUGAGGCCCACCGGCGCUCAGUUACAGUGCCACUACAAGACAGCGUGUAG